AUCCUUUGUGUGAAAUGUGUAGGUCCCGAUAUGAUAAACAUAUCUAGGUAAGAAAUAAAUGGUGUAGAAAUCCGAUACUAUCACCAAGAAAGAAAAGAAAAAAGAAGAGGCAUAGAGUCACCUGACUCCGUGUCUGGGGCGCGAUGCUAAGCCAAAGCUAUCUAAUCAUUUUCUAUUUCGUCAUAACUUGGAAUUGAUUAAUCUUUAUCAUUUUACAACGAGCUGUUUUACAACCUCUCCCAGCCAGUUCUCAGUCAAAAUCUUAGGUAUUCCGUUGUUUCUUUAAACAACUUACAAACAACUUACGGACAGAAUGUGUGGACGAUAUGCACUGGCCCUACGACCAGCGGAGAUUCGCCAGAUGCUGCAAAAUGAAAACAUACCCGUAGACGACGGAAUUGAUGAAGAGGAUGAAGAGGAAGCGCCUAGGCAAAGCUACAAUUUCGCCCCAGGCUACCACGGUGUCGUUUACCGCGCCGACGUGCCAGACUGGGGAGCGGGUCCUCAAAGGCAGCAGCACACAGACGCAUCUGACGAGGAGAGCGGUGCAGUGGAUGAUGAUAGCACUACAGAGCCUCAAUCGGUUAGGUAUAAGCUCCAGAGCAUGAAAUGGGGACUCGUGCCCUUCUGGACGAAGCGCAACCCGGACUACGGCUCCAUGAUGAAGACGAUCAACUGCAGAGACGACUCGCUCGCCCAGGGGGGCGGCAUGUGGAGCUCCAUGAAGGCGAGGAAGCGGUGCAUUGUCGUUGCACAGGGGUUUUAUGAGUGGUUGAAGAAGGAGGGGGGGCGCGAGAAGAUACCGCAUUUUGUGAGGAGGAGGGAUGGGAAGCUCAUGUGCUUGGCGGGGUUGUGGGAUGUCGUGCAGUAUGAAAAAACUGAGAACAAGCAUUACUCAUAUACAAUCAUCACCACGGACUCGAACAAACAGCUUCGGUUUCUGCACGACCGCAUGCCCGUCAUCUUGGACAACGGGUCCGAGGACCUGCGCAUGUGGCUAGAUCCCAAGCGCCACGCGUGGUCGAAGGAGCUGCAGGCACUGCUGAAGCCCUUCGACGGGGAGCUCGAGGUGUACCCCGUGAGCAAGGACGUGGGGAAGGUCGGCAACAACUCGCCCACCUUCCUCAUACCGAUCGAUAGCAAGGAGAAUAGAUCUAAUAUUGCGAAUUUCUUCGCCAAGGGCACGGCGAAGAAGGAAGAGCAGCAGCAGCAGCAGCCGGAUGUGGAAGUCAAGAAGGAAGAGGGCUUUGGCGUGGAUUCAUCGUCUGCAAGAGAAGAAGAGGAAGAAAAAGAGACUAAAGCGGAGGCGGGGGUGAAAAGAGAAGCGGAUGAUGAGCUUACGGGCGAGGGGUUGAAAAAGAAGAAGGUAGCUGCUACGACGACGAAGAGUAAGAGUAAGGAAAAGGAAAUGUCGCCGAAAAAGGGGGGGAGGAAUAAGAUUAGUGCUACGAGUAAUGGGACGAAGAGCCCGAGUAAGGCGAAGCAGCAGCCGGGCACGCAGAAGAUUACGAGGUUUUUUGGGAAUAGUUCUUGAUGGAGUGGGCGUCACUGUUCUCCGGGUACCUACUCCGGUCUCCUGUGGACGAUCGCCUUCAGCAGGUUUGCGGAAAGGGAUUUGCUACGAGCAUUUGGGACCUGUGGUUCUUAUGUCUCAGGGAGAGCGAUUUGAAUUGGUCUUGGGCUAAGCCGGGCUACCUGAUACAUAAUACCAGAUACGAAGUAUAGGUAUAGAAACUCCUAUUACGAUGAUCUAAUAGAAUUUCAGUAUCGCUCUGAAA